AUGGAUAGAAAGUCUGCUAGAAUAAAAGCAGAGUUACAAAGAUAUGGUUGGAGAGUUUCGAAGAAUUUUAAAUAUAGGAAGGGAAGACCCAUAAAAGUCUAUGACAAAUUGUCUGGUCUUCGCUACGAAAUGGAUUUGGAAACAGCACGUGCCAAUUAUCCAAACAGACUAGAGAGGUUAGAAGAAGAACGUCUUAUGGACAUGCCUUUCGAUGUUAGUGAACCUCAAGUUGAAGGACACGACGGCUUUGCCAGAUUCUACUGGAAACAUGACGAACAAUUGCAUCCUUUGAGAAGGAAAAAAGGAAAAGGUGAAGACGCACAUGCUCCCAUGGAAAGAACAAGAUAUGCAUAUGAAAAGUACCGUGAAGUUAGAAGUCAAAUUACAUCUGGUCGAACCUUUACAGUAAACUUUGACAAAGGAAAGAACAAAGAAGGCUUCAUGGGAGUACUUGCUGCAAUUCAAGACGGAAAUAAGAAAGGACACAAUCUCAGAUUGACCAUAACAGAUUUGGAUGGUCACAUUUACUAUGCACAUGGCAAUGAACAAACAGCCGCAAAACUUCUUGACGCUUUCAAGACUACAAAGAGAGAACAAAUGGUUGACUCCGACUCAGACAUUUUGAAUGCAAUUGAAGGAAUUGCAAGUGUCAAGUUCGAAUGGUACCAACCUAACCCUCAAGCAGUCAGACAACAUGCUGGAUACUUCCCCUUCAUAAAUAAGUCUGACAUUGACUUGACAAGGUAUGGAAUUUACAAUUCAAUUGAAACAAUUGUCAAUGAACCUUGUAUUCUUACAUGUCUCAGGAACUCUGGUCUUGUUACAGAUGAGAAGAUGAAGUAUCUUGAGUCAUGUGUGAAGACAAGGUACAUUCUCAGAGGUCAAUUG